GCCGUCCUGAAUCCUCCGCUUCGUCACGGCUUCUUCUAGCAGCUUAGCCGUCAAACGGAAACUUCUUUGACAUGGGUAGGAAGCCUGGAGACCUGAUUGAGAUCUUCCGUGGUGGUCAUAGCUGCUGGGCUGUUUAUGUUGGUGGUGGAAACGUCGUGUACUUCGUUAUAACCGAGUAUUAUCCAAGCCCCAGCGGUCUUGCUGGUAAUGCUGUUGGUGGUGGCAAAGUGUUGAAAAAGAACCUGGAGGACGUGGUGGAGAAGGACCGGUGGAGAGUCAACAACUUCCUGGAUCAUAAAUACAGACCUGGUCCAGCUGAUGAUAUGGUGAAGAAGGCCUGUUCCCUGGUGGAUACAGACCUGCAGUACGACCUGGGGGACUACAACUGUGACCGCUUUGCCACUGAGAUGCGCUACGGCCUGAGAGUCGGCAGGUGAAGGACAAAGCAACAGCAGCACCUUGGGGAGUGCACCUACGGGGCUUAGUGCAGCAGGCUCUAUGAAAAGCUAAAUAUCAAUCCAUGAGUCUUAUUUCAUGAAGUUUGGUCAAAUCCACAUGACCCAACUUGAGAAAUGAAGGUGCCAGUUCCGACUUAUUA